UUCCUACCUUCGUCGCUUGCUGUCGCUUGAGCUCGCCUGGGUCCAAUUUUAAAAGGGUUAAAAACCUUCAUCCCGCUGUCUUUUACGAUCCGAAAUUUUGAGCUGUGUUUAAAGCGAAUAAUUAAACGAAGCAAAUCAAGACGAGAGCGCACGUUAUGAAAGCGACCAUGGCAAGCUUUGUCGGGGGCGGCGCAGCAUGGCUGCAGGCCCCGUUGCUGGGCGGCCAGGCAUUCCAGUUCGACCGCUCGACUAUCGCGCUAGCCCUAAUCGCCCUCGUCCUCGUGCCCGUCCUCGUGAGCUCGCGCCUCGGCGGCGGCGGCGGCGGCAAGGAAACCAAGGUCCCCAUCGCGAACCCGCCAGGCCCCUUCGAGACGUGGGCCCAAAAGAAGCUCGAAUCGGCGCACAAGGGCAUGGAGAUCCUGCGCCAGGCACGGACUCGGUUCGGGAACAAGCCCUACAAGAUGAUGACGCAGAGCGGGCCCGUUAUAGUCCUGCCGCGGGAACUCGCCUCCGAAAUACGGAACAACCCGAACCUAAGCUUCACCAGAUUCGUGGAGGACUUUCCGACCCAGGACGCCUUCACCCCAUUACACUUAAUGGACCACCCUUCGGAACUCAUCAUGCUGGUUAUCAAGAAGCACCUGACUAAGCGGUUAAAUACGGUUACGAAGCCGCUUGCACAGGAGGCCACGUUUGUGCUCGACCUCCUAAUGGGAAACAAAUCUGAUUGGACCGAGGCGAACGCCACGACCCUCGCGCUCGACAUCGUGACCCGGCUUUCGAACCGCAUUUUCCUGGGGCCCGAGAUGUGCCGCAACGAGGAGUGGCUGGACGUUAGCAAGAACUUCACCGCCUUGUUUACCCAGGCUGUCCAGCGGUUGAGCCCGCUGCCCCGGAUGAUCCAGAAUAUCGUUUACCUUUUCGACCCUAAGUGCCAGGACCUCAGGUCGCAGCGUAACCGCGGCCGCAGGAUUAUGCGGGGCCUGGUCGAGCAGCGCCGCCGGAGGCAGGCCGAGUGCCGGGCCAAGGGCCUGCCGCCGCCCACGUACAACGACUCGGUACAAUGGCUCCAAAUCGAGGCCGGCGUAACAGGCGUUACCAACUACGACCAUUGCGACUUCCAGCUGCUCCUGUCCUUCCUCGCAAUCCAUACGACGAGCGACCUCCUGAGCCAGACCAUGAUUUACCUCGCGAAAUACCCCGAAAGCAUCGAGGAGCUGAGGCAGGAGAUUCUCGAGGUGCUGCCGGUGGAGGGGUGGAAUAAGACGUCGCUGCAGAAGCUCAAGCUGCUCGACAGCGCCGUUAAGGAGGCCCAGCGUUUCAAGCCACUUUUCACACUCGGCCUGAUCCGCAAACCAACCGAAGAUACCGUCCUCCCCAACGGCCUCGUCGUCCGCAAGGGGAUCCGGCUGGUGAUGGACACGGAGCACCUGAUGGACCCGGAGCUGUACCCAGAGCCGGAGAAAUUCAACAUCCACCGGUUCGCCGACAUGCGGCGGGAGCCCGGCGGCGAGUUCCGGGCGCCCCUGGCAUCCGUGACGGCUGACAACCUGUCCUUCGGCCUGGGGAAACACGCCUGCCCCGGCCGCUUCUUCGCCGCAAACGAGAUCAAGCUGGCUCUUUGCCACAUGCUGCUCAAGUACGACUGGCGGUUGGCCGAGGGCACCUCGCUGGAGCCGUAUUAUUUCGGCACGCUGAACUCGGUCGACCCCAUUUCGCGGCUGCUUUUUAAGCGAAGGAAGGAGGAAAUCGACCUGGACGCGCUCGCCGUGGACGACGACGUGGAGGAGUGAAGCGGGCUCGUGCGUGGCAAAACGCCAGGCUUUAAUUGUAAGCGAGCGAAGAGUUGGGCCUGCAUACCUAGCGACGGAUAAAACGGAUAUCGUCACUCGUUUGCGUUCUUUCCAGUUACUUGGCAAAUGUAUCUGUUGUAAUAUUGCAACAAACUGCUGUUACUCGUUAUAUAGUAAGUUUAUUACAACGGCAAGCUUUCCAAUUUCC